GUUUGUCCCGCAUUUUGGAUGUGCGAGCACUUCAGAGGAGCCUGCCGGGCAGUGCUCAGCGGCCUUUGCGGGCGUCCGGGCGGCACUGUCGCAGCGGCCACGGCUGGCCGCGCUGCCUUUUGCUCUUCUUCUGAUGGGCUACAACUAUGCCUGGCUCCUGAGCGCCAGCUUUAUUGACCUGCGCCUGACGAACGCGGUCUUCCAAGUUUCCACAGCCUUGGUGUACAUUGCGAGCGUGCAGCUCUUUGGCGAGGCGGUUUGCCUAGAACGCUUGCUUGGCGUGCUGCUCUCCCUUGGAGGAUCCUUCAUAGCCAGUGGCCUGAAGUGGGAUGAUGCGAGCAGCACAGCCCCCCGUCAUCAACACCAGGUUGUUGGUUUCGCCCUGGCCCUGACGGCAGCAGUUGGCUACACAGCCUACCAGGUGUUGUUUCGUUGGAUCUUCGGCCACCUGAAGCAGAAUGUGUCCUUCCUGGCGCAUUUCUUCUCCUGGAUCAGCUUGUGGCAUUUGCUCAUAAUUCUUCCACUGGUCCUGGCUGCGCAUGCUGCUGGCAUCGAGCAGUUGCAAGUGCCGCACGGGCUGUUCGCUCUUGUGGGUACCGCCGUGUCGGCGCUGAUCGCUUCGACCGUCAACGUACUUUAUCUCUGCAUAGUGAUGUGGGGAUCUCCCAUGCUGCUUCCUAGCACCUCUGCCUUGUCUGUGCCGCUGACUGUGGUGCUGGAUAUCGUCAUCCACAAUGAGCGACCCGAGCAUCUCGAAAUGAUUGGCCAGGGGCUGGUGCUGCUGUCUGUUGUUCUUAUCAUGCAGCUUUACAAGGUUGUGCUGCCCAAGGGGCUUUCGCUCAAGAGUGAAAUGAUGUCGGUUUGA